CCGAGCGCCGGCAGCGGGCGGGGCGCGGGAGCCGCGAGAUGGCGGCGGCCGGGAGCGGCGGGAGCCGGGCGGACAACGGCUACGGCGGGCAGCAGGCGCGGCGCAGGAAGGGCCCGGGCGCGCUGGCCACGGGCUACCUCGUUAUCUACAACGUGGUGAUGACGGCGGGGUGGCUCGUUAUUGCAGUUGGCCUCGUUCGGGCAUACCUGGCUAAAGGCAGCUACCACAGCCUUUACUAUUCAAUAGAAAAACCYCUGAAAUUCUUCCAAACUGGAGCUUUGCUUGAGAUUCUGCACUGUGCACUUGGCAUUGUUCCCUCUUCUGUUGUUCUGACUGCUUUCCAAGUGAUGUCAAGGGUUUUCCUGACGUGGGCAGUAACACAUAGUGUAAAAGAGGUACAAACUGAAGACAGUGUUCUCUUGUUUGUAGUGGCCUGGACAAUCACCGAGAUAAUCCGUUACUCUUUUUACACGUUUAGCUUGUUAAACCAUCUCCCUUAUCUCAUCAAAUGGGCCAGGUACACUUUGUUUAUAGUGUUGUAUCCAAUGGGAGUCUCAGGUGAAUUACUCACAAUAUAUGCUGCAUUACCCUUCGUCAGGCAGUCUGGCUUGUAUUCCAUUAGUUUACCUAACAAGUACAAUUUUUCAUUUGACUACUAUACAUUCCUGAUCCUGGUUAUGAUCUCCUACAUUCCCAUCUUCCCWCAGCUGUAUUUCCAUAUGCUACAUCAGAGGCGAAAGGUACUCUCCCACACUGAAGAACAUAAGAAGUCGGAGUAAUUCCAACUUUUUCAGAACUUUUCAAACAUCAAAAUGCUGCAGUUUUUCAAUACCCAGCACAUUUGUAAAGAAUAUACCAAGAUAAGUCAGAGGUAAAAGACCAAUAAUUUAGCAAGAAUAACCAAUAAAUCUGAUUUCACUGAAAUUCCAGGAUGUAAAACAUUGAAAUAAUUUUYAGCUUGCAGUGCUUCAGAAAACUUAAACUUUAUAUGGCUUGGCAGUUAACCUUUUCCUUAAAUGAUGUGCUAACUGGUUUUCAUUUAUUACUAAAUGCCUGAAGGUUGCAGUAUGAGUGAUGAAGUUGUACCCACUAAAUGCCUGAAUUGGGAUUACUGAUACCUCUUUUUUUAAGUGCUUGACUGCAUGCCAGAAACUGUAUGUAUUGCUGUGAAAGCAAACAAUAUGCUCUGGAAUACUUCAGGAUAAUGUCAGAGACUUCAGUGGAGAAUGUAAUCUGGGCAAAGUGUUUGAAUUUAGAAAGGUAGGUUGUGUAUUUAAAAGGUGAUGGGAACAAGAAGGAGAAACCGAUUACGAGAAAUGAGGGGAAUGUGAUUCUUUAGGAAUUUCAACAGUAUGGUGUCUGACCRCAGAGUGUUCUCUGAAGAUCUUGUUUAAACUGAUUAUUGAAAUGCUAAUGUUAAUUCAGAAGCUGUAAUUCUUACCUGAAACAUUAAAACUACUCUAAGUACUGCAUCCCUGGAUACUUUUUUACCUAUUAAGAAAAAAAAUAGUAACUGUAAUACUUCUAGUGGUAUCAGUAAUGAAWAUAAACAAUAUAUGGAGGCAGGUCACCCAGAAACAGGUGCGAUUCUCCCUUUUUUACUUUAAAUUUAAUUUCUAGUCACAGUCAGUGAUACUUACCUUCAGUGCUGAGGACUACUUGGUCUGCUAUGGAAUCAUCUGGGGGCCUUGUUCCUUAACCUAACUUUUCACAAGUGACCGAAGGCAUCACUCAUCCAAGCAGGCAGUUCCAGGCACUCAACUUCUGAAAUGUUGCAAAGUCAUGAGCUGCACCUUGUAAAGCAGAUUAUCUCGUGUGUUACAUGCUGCUUUUGCAGCUCUCACCUAUUCUUUCAAGAAAAUGGAAGACCACAUAAAAUUGUAUUCUCCUUGGUGCUUUCUCGGGUUCUCAGGCUUAAUCUUCCCUUGGGAAGAUGAAAGGAAACGGAAAGAGCUGAAGAAGCCUUGUGGUGAGGCAGAAAGCCUCAUGCUGUGUGAGCUGUGCCCCAAGUCAGGAAGAAGCUUUUGAUUGGAUGUAAAAAGGGUGGGGAAUGGAAGGGACAGAGGGAGCAGGGAAAUUAAUGGGUAUCCAAGGAGAAACAAAAGGAAAUGUAGGUUAUGGGUUUGCUCUGUUAGGAAUUGAUGGCCAAAUAGUUCUGUAUGCAYCCAGUCAGAGUCACUAGACAGGACCACGUGGGCUUCCCUGGCUUCCCUCUUGUAACAUGAUUUAGUGCAUAAAUGAGGUGUGACCAGUCCCAUGCUACCUGCAAUGCUGCCUCAUGCUGUGCCUGCCAGCACCUCCCCUGGACAUGGCCCAGUUGUGUUUGACACAUCCCAACUCUCCCUAAACACAGCCAGGAAGUACUSAGGACACAGGCUCUCUGUUCUAGAACUUGGGAAGAGCUGGAAUUACAAUUAUUUAGGCUUAUACUUGUCAGAGCUGUUUUUUUUUUUUAAUCUGCAUUUUUCAGUAAUUUUCUUUGGCUUCAUCAUAAGGACUGAAUUUUCCUAAMUCUCAGUAUAUAGAGCCUUUCCUACUCAACACGAACAGGACUACUAUAAGCAGAGAGAGGAUAAGAGACCAUAGUAAUCUUUGCUUCUAUUUUCAGCAUUUUGGAGCCCGUUAUUGACUGGAGGUUGUAGCAAGUUUGGUGUUAGUCUUUUCUCCCAAGUUACAAGCAACAGAACUAGAGGACAGUGUUUCAUUUUGUGCCAAGGAAGGUCUAGAYUGGAUAUUAGGAAAAAAUUCUGCAUGGAAAGGAUUGUCAAGCAUUGGAACAAGCUGCCCAGGGAAGUGGUAGAGUCACCAUCCCUGAAAGUAUUUAGAAGUGUAAAUUUGGUGCUUAGAAAUGUGGUUUAGUGGGAUUUUGCAGUGUUAGGACAAUGGUUAGAGGUAUUUUUCAACCUAAACAAUUCUGUGAUUCUAUUGCUGUGGCCAUACACAACCUCAAAAUUUGGAUUGGUUUUGGAUUUUGGAUCCAAAUUUGGUUUUGGAUUCAAAGAGGCAACAAUUCAAUUCAUUUCUGUAUUAGGUUAUGUGCUUUGUUGUAGUGAUCUGAGAAAUGUUAUACUAUUCUGAACUCAUUGUUUGAAAGUGUAGACUUUCACCUCUGAACAAAACAUCUCCUUUUGCUUAUACUUGCUAUUAAAGAAGUUAAUGUUAGAAUUUCUGAAGGAUGUCAUCUAAAAGAUCUGAUUUCCUGAUGUACUUAUGUUACUGGAUAUUGUUAAUGCUCAGCUUCUGAACUUUUCUUAAUUUGAUUUCUCUGGCCAAAUAAAAKAUUUGGUUUCAAAUUUGUUGUUCCAAUUUGGAGGGAAAAAAUGGCUGUGUAAUACUGCUACAUGAAACAAACUCCUGRCUCUGUUGAUGAAAAGGAUCCAGUACAGAUCUAUAGUGUAUAGCACUGGCACCAAGGAAAAGCAGAGCCAGCUGCCAGUGGGGAGAAAGCUUGUGCAACCAACACCUUUAUUGAAUAGACUUUAUYAUGGAAUAUUUACUUUAACUGAAUAUAUUAAUUUAUCACACAAAUGCAAAUAAACUACAACCUUCUGAAAGAAAAUGGAGUUACUUUUCCUUUCAAAAGAAAAAUAAAUUGCUUUUACAGUAAGAAUUCUUACCAGCAAAGUUAGUUUAUAAAUUAUAUUCUGAAGUAUAAACAUGCAGUUACWGUGUACAAAAAUUCAGUGCUUUUUCAAGUUUAUCUUUUAUGGAAGUCACUGGAAGGUGAUCUUGAGAGAGAACUGUAGUGAGAUAUUCAGUACUGUUUGGGUUGUUCUUUAGUACCGCUGACACGUGUGGGGUUUCUUCUCAUAAAAGAAGUUUCCCCUCAUCUGUCACUGAAAUUGUGCAGUGGUUUCCAUGAACUCUAUAAUGGAAGCUUUGAUUGGUACUCAGUCACAAAUGCAGAAGGUUUUAUUUUCCCACAGACUGUUUACUUGGCUUGCAUGUUCUCUCUGCCUAUCUGAACCAGCAGGCCUUCCCUGCUUUGGUAUUCUCUGUUGUGUGCACUGGUUCAGUUGACAGCACUUUAUGUUCUACCAUGCCAGCUCUGUCUGAGUUCAUCACUACCCUCCAAAAGACCAAGGUUUUCACCAGUGUGUAGUUUACAACUGGAAUKGUAGAAAUGCUCAUAUUGUAAAUUACAGUAAGAUGCAGAUUACAGUGCAGGUAAAUUGUAAUUUUUCACAAUGUGAUGUUUUUAUCAGAGGGUUUUUUGUUAUCAUUAUGAAGGUUGGCAUUUGUGUGGACCAAUCUGCAGUGUCAUUUAAAAACCUAUCUUUCAGCUUAAAAUUUUCAUGAGUAUACAUCAAAUCAUAUCUUUUGAUGUAUAUGUCAGUGCAACUUGGGUGAAAACUAUAUACAGUCAUUUUUGUAUUUUUUUCUAUGUUGUGAAGAAUAAAAUUGUAAUUUUAUAAGUCUGAUUCACUAAGAUUAUUAUAAGUUAAAUGUAUUUUUUGUAUAUUUAGGAAUCUGAUAUUACCUGGASCUCUGAAAGACUAAGCAUAGAUUUUUUAUGCAUGGUUGAAAGAUAUUUCAACUUGAUAAUGCAGUGAAAUGGUUUGUAUGCURAAAUACUAGUCCGUGUUGUUGCCUUGUGAAAUUGAUUCUGUGCUCUCUGCCUGGAUUUGGCCUACUGAUCAGUGAUACUAAUUGCUAUAAUCCAAAUAAAAUAAUUCUGAACAAAAUAUGUUGUAUUGUUACUGUUUAAGGAACAAAAGUAGAUACWUUACAAAUGUGCGUUAGGGCUUCAUUUGUAUUCAUUUUUGCACAAUGUGUACCUUGCAAUUUACAAGUUUUUUUUAGCAUAUGUAACUCUGGAGCUCAGACAAAAGAAUUAAGAAACUUCAGUGUUAKGAUCGCUGUGCCUUCCACACUCAAAAGAAGUGCUCAUAACAACACCUUAACUGACUGUCAACACUCACAAUUUCCUAAGGGAUCCUCAACUGUGUGUGAGCUCUUUGUUCUCCUGUUSUUACCUGUACUCUGAAUGCUGAUGGUUUCCUACAAAAACAAAAUUGAGUAUUAUAAAUAUAGUGGAAUGCUUAACUAAUGCAMCAGAAUACUUCAGAGUUCAUUUACUAAAUAUAAUAUGUCUGCUACCACGGCAACGUUUUUAGCAUUUUUAACACUUCCUGAGAGAGAUUUUAAAACUGUUUAGAUGGCAUAAUGCUCAURAAUAACAAGUUAUAAUCCUCUAAUAAGAACUGAGUGGUAGCUGCAGAGUGAGUGCUAUUAUUCUAGGCAUAUGCUUGUCAUAAGAUUGCACAACUACAGUGAUUUUUUUGUUGAUUGAAGACGGGAUGAAACAGUGUUGUCAUGCCGAGCAUCAGCACAUGUCCUACGCAUGAUGGCUGUGACUGAGCACUGCUGGGCAAUUCAAACCUCAGAAACACUGGGCUAGAGAGGURCUGAGCUCUGUGCUUUACAGUAACUAUCACUGGCUAGUUGUGUUUCCUCUCUGCGUUUUGAAAAUAGUAUGUGGAAACAAUUUUAGUUCCCUAGGGUAACAUUAAAAUGUCUGAAAGGCAUAAGGAUUCUGUGGUUGUCAGCAAGUUAAUGUCAUAAUAGUGUGUAAGGCUCAUCUUAAAUAAAGCAUUGGCAGUUCUUGACAUAAGACUAGAAGAAGGAUUUAUGCUGCUUUGCUGA